UAUGGCUGGUGAGUGGGGCUGGGGACGCCGGCCAAGGCUCUCCAAGGCUCCCCCAUGCUAGCCGAGGCGGAUGGCACGCUCCCCCAUGGCAGCGCCAGCUCUAUGAGGACAAGCGAUAGCGACCCUCCGCCGCCCAAAGCCGCCGCCGCCGCCGCCGACUCCUCCAUCCUCAUCUUCAAGAUGCAAGACGUCGUCAUUCCCUUCUCGUCCGAGGUGCCCUGUGACAAUAAUGGGCAGCGCAUGUGGUGGGCGUUCCUCGCCUCCUCCAUGGUGACCUUCUUCGGGGGGCUCUUCAUCAUCCUGCUGUGGAGGACCCUCAAGUACCUGUGGACCGUGUGCUGCCACUGCAACGUUAAAAGCAAGGAGGCUCAGAAAGUGAACAACCCCGCCAACAAUCAGGCAGCAGAUAGCGCGCUAAAGGGUCCUGAUGAGAAGACGGAAGAGGUCCCGGCCAGUGAGGUGGGAUGGAUGACUUCGGUCAAAGACUGGGCCGGCGUUAUGAUCUCUGCCCAGACUCUCACCGGCAGAGUUCUGGUGGUGUUAGUAUUUGCACUCAGCAUCGGGGCCCUUGGAAUAUACUUUAUAGACUCCUCAGACCCUAUAGAAUCAUGCCAGAACUUCUACAAAGACUUCACGUUACAGAUCGACAUGGCCUUCAACGUCUUCUUCCUCCUUUAUUUCGGUCUGCGGUUUAUAGCGGCCAACGACAAACUGUGGUUCUGGCUGGAGGUCAACUCGGUGGUGGACUUCUUCACUGUCCCUCCCGUCUUCGUGUCCGUUUACCUGAACAGAAGCUGGCUCGGUUUAAGAUUCCUGAGAGCGCUCAGAUUGAUCCAGUUCUCGGAAAUCUUACAGUUUUUGAAUAUCUUGAAAACAAGCAAUUCCAUAAAGCUGGUGAACCUGUGUUCCAUCUUCAUAAGCACAUGGCUCACCGCUGCAGGAUUCAUACAUUUGGUGGAAAACUCAGGGGAUCCUUGGGAAAACUUCCAAAACUUCCAGUCACUCUCUUAUUGGGAAUGUGUCUACUUACUGAUGGUGACCAUGUCCACAGUGGGAUACGGGGAUGUCUAUGCAAAAACCACCUUGGGGCGCCUGUUCAUGGUCUUCUUCAUCCUCGGUGGUUUGGCCAUGUUUGCCAGCUACGUCCCUGAAAUCAUAGAGUUAAUAGGAAACCGCAAGAAAUACGGUGGUUCCUAUAGUGCAGUUAAUGGGAGAAAGCAUAUUGUGGUCUGUGGUCAUAUUACCCUCGAAAGUGUCUCCAACUUCCUCAAAGACUUCCUACACAAGGACAGGGAUGAUGUCAAUGUAGAAAUUGUUUUUCUCCAUAAUAUUUCCCCUAAUCUUGAGCUGGAAGCCUUGUUCAAACGCCAUUUUACACAAGUAGAGUUCUACCAGGGAUCUGUGCUCAAUCCUCACGACCUGGCUCGAGUCAAGAUUGAGUCAGCAGAUGCCUGUCUCAUCUUGGCCAAUAAAUACUGCGCUGAUCCUGAUGCUGAAGACGCCUCCAACAUCAUGAGGGUCAUCUCCAUCAAGAACUACCAUCCUAAAAUCAGAAUAAUAACACAGAUGCUUCAGUAUCACAAUAAGGCCCAUCUGCUGAACAUUCCGAGCUGGAAUUGGAAGGAGGGCGACGAUGCCAUCUGCCUGGCCGAGCUGAAAGCGGGCUUCAUCGCCCAGAGCUGCCUGGCCCAGGGCCUGUCCACCAUGCUGGCCAACCUCUUCUCCAUGAGGUCCUUCAUUGAGAUCGAGGAGGACACCUGGCAGAAAUAUUAUCUGGAGGGCGUGGCUAACGAGAUGUACACAGAGUAUUUGUCCAGUGCUUUUGUGGGCCUCACCUUCCCCACCGUGUGCGAACUGUGUUACGUGAAGCUGAAGCUGUUGCUCAUUGCCAUCGAGUACAAGUCCGAGCAGAGAGAGAGCAGAAGCCGAAAGCGUAUCCUCAUCAAUCCGGGCAACCAUGUGAAGAUGCAGGAAGGAACGCUGGGCUUUUUUAUCGCCAGCGAUGCAAAGGAAGUCAAGAGAGCUUUUUUCUACUGUAAAGCUUGUCACGACGACAUCACCGACCCCAAGCGGAUCAAAAAGUGCGGCUGCAAACGACCCAAAUAUAAGUAUAACGGAUAUGUCAGAUCACCAGAUGGCGCUACAACACCAGGGAACAGUGGAAGCCAAAAAGAGACUGGUGUUCGAUUCAAAGCUGAUUGCAAUUUAGUAACGGAUGACGUUAGAGCGUCUUUUCAAAAACGAUCCGUUAAAACCAGCGCCGGCUGCCCUUCCACCGCCAUCACCUCAAACGCUUUGUCGCCCAACGCCCUGCAAAGCAACCAGAACGCCUCGGUUAAGCCAGGCGCCAUCAACGUCCCCCUUGUUAAUAACCGUAAAGGAAGUCUGCUUCCCACGCCUGCGGCCCGCCAUACCAAACUGCGCCUGAGUAUCUCGGUGCCAGAAGACGCCAGAUCCUUGGCGGAGAGUCGGCUGAACCGGGCCCGCAGUCUGCCGGUGAAAUACCGCUACCACCCCAGUAAUGCCAUGCUGCACAGUCACAGUAGCCACUUCGAAGACGAGCAUCCGUCGACGCUGUCGCCCCAAAAAAAGCAGCGCAACGGAGGGAUGCGCAACUCGCCCAACUGCUCUCCCAAAAUGAUGAGUAGACACGACCCUCUUCUCAUACCUGCUAAUGAACAAAUGGAAAACAUGGACAUGAAUGUGAAGAGGUAUGACUCCACCGGGAUGUUUCACUGGUGCCCAUCAAAAGACAUCGAAAAAGUCAUCCUGACUCGAAGUGAAGCCUCCAUGACGGUACUGAGUGGCCAUGUGGUGGUCUGUAUAUUUGGAGAUGUCACGUCCGCUUUAGUGGGGCUGCGAAACUUGGUGAUGCCUUUAAGAGCCAGCAACUUUCAUUAUCAUGAACUCAAGCCCAUCGUUUUUGUGGGCUCGCUGGACUAUCUGCGGCGAGAGUGGGAGACGUUACACAACUUCCCCAAGGUCUCCAUCUUGCCUGGUACGCCAUUAAGUCGAGCCGAUUUAAGGGCUGUCAACAUCAACCUCUGCGACAUGUGCGUAAUACUGUCAGCCAAUCAGAACAAUAUCGAGGAUGCCUCGCUGCAAGAUAAAGAAUGCAUCUUGGCGUCACUCAACAUCAAGUCUAUGCAGUUUGAUGACAGCAUUGGGGUCUUGCAGGCUAAUUCCCAAGGUUUCACGCCUCCUGGAAUGGACAGGUCAUCUCCAGACAGCAGUCCAGUACAUGGCUUUGUGCGUCAGGCUUCCGUCACCACCGGCUCCAACAUCCCCAUCAUCACAGAAUUAGUCAACGACUCAAACGUUCAGUUUCUGGACCAAGACGACGACGACGACCCCGACACCGAGCUGUACCUCACUCAGCCCUUUGCUUGCGGUACCGCCUUCGCCAUCAGCGUCCUCGACUCCCUGAUGAGCGCUACUUAUUUCAACGACAACAUCCUCACACUGAUCAGGACUCUGGUCACCGGAGGAGCCACGCCAGAGCUGGAGGCCCUCCUCGCCGAGGAGAACGCUCUGCGUGGAGGCUACAGCACGCCGCAGACGCUGGCCAACAGAGACAGGUGUCGCGUGGCCCAGCUCGCCCUCUACGACGGGCCCUUCGCUGACUUGGGGGACGGUGGCUGCUAUGGGGAUUUGUUCUGCAAAGCACUCAAAACGUACAACAUGCUGUGUUUUGGAAUCUACAGAUUGAGAGACGCUCAUCUAAGUAUACCAAGCCAGUGUACAAAACGAUAUGUGAUCACCAACCCACCGUACGAGUUUGAGCUGGUGCCCACAGACUUGAUCUUCUGCCUCAUGCAGUUCGACCACAACGCGGGCCAGUCCCGAACCAGCUUGUCCCACUCGUCCCACUCCUCUCAUUCCUCCAGCAAGAAGAGCUCGUCCGUUCACUCCGUCACAGCCUCCAACCGGCAGAACCGCAGCAGUAAAACCCGGGAAGCUCGCGACAAACAAAAUGCAACAAGGAUGAAUAGAAUGGGCCCAGAAAAGAAAUGGUUUACAGAUGAACCGGACAACGCCUACCCGCGGAACAUUCAGAUCAAGCCCAUGAGCACUCACAUGGCCAACCAAGUCAACCAGUACAAAUCCACAAGUAGUCUAAUUCCCCCCAUCCGAGAAGUCGAAGACGAAUGCUGAACCGCUUUUAACGUUUUGGCUGGCCCGCUCAGCGGACGUCUUGGAGUCAUGAUGACGAGGACAAUAAGAACUGGACAGGGAACCAAACUGGCCCUGCUAUGUGUAUACCUUUAAUGUUACUUCCAUGCUCUUUGGACUUUGUUUUAUUUAUUGAUGUAUCAAUAGAGAUGUACAUAAUGACAAUCAAAUAAGGCAUUGUACAGACCCCCACCUCCCCCCUAGCACUUUUUGGGAAUUAUUAUUUGAAGAGUCGACGAGAGCGAACAAGAGAGGGAGAGAAGGAGAAAAAGUACUUCCUGUAACGCUUUGCAAUAGUUGACUAAGGGUGACCGGAGGACGAGGCUCGCGUCAUUGCCCCAAAGAUCCCACCGGAUGCGACUCUUCCAGCCAGCCGGGCUCACGGUUCUCCAUCUUGUGUACUUCUGUUCUAUUUGCACUAAAAAAAAAAAGGAAGAAACGACAACACGGUGACGUUAACGAGGAACUGUGACUACGAAGGGGGCUAUCAUGCAAAUCAUUUCAUCCGGAGGGUCGUCUGAAUGAAGAAACAGCCAAGUAGCCUCGGAAGGUCGACGUUGCAUCCCAACCGUGACCCCACCACGUUUGAGCAACAAAAGCAGCAGCAGCAGCAGCAGCUUUCGGGAUCACAAAAAAUACAUUUAAAAAAAAGAAUUGCCACGUAUCGCGUAAAGGUGGGCGCCAACCGGGUCCUCCUCUGACCUACUCGAGACUGCCUGGCACGGGGUUGGCACGGCGGCGCUCGGAUGUUCUCCGUCGCCAAUCCCAGAUGCUUCGAUGAAAUCAAAAAACACUCUCAGGAGUGUAGCUGCUUUGCGCUGGGCUGCUCAAGGAAAAGCUCAAACCUGGUUGGGCGGAGAUGCAACGGCUCGUGGUUUUCCCAUUUCCCAAAACGUACGGCCUUCACAAUAGAGGCAAAAAAGCUAGACGAUUACAUCGCAUUGCUUUCCGCCCCGCCCGACAUCUAUGCUUUUAUCAAAAGAGUAUUUUUUUAACUGGCUAACGACGCCAUCUUCAGCCUGGCAGCUCGCCCCUGCACAAGCUGAAACCGAAGCGGACGAAUAAGCACCCUUAGCUACAAACACGCGGACUGAACAAAUGGUUUAAGAGUAACGGAUCUAAAUGUAUAUCUACAAGACUAAUAACAAUAAUAGAUGAUAGCGUCGCUUCCUCCGACUGCGUUUGACCUAAAUUAGGUCCCGAGACGAAAGAAAGUGCACACUAUUGCAAAGUGUGACCACGUCGGUUGUUUUUCGUGCGUGUGCCUGUGUAUGUUUAUUUUGUGUUCAUUUCUUCGGUUGAUUUGACAAAUUACAAUUUAAAAGAAAGAGAGAAAUUGUUGCCGCGUCUCUCGUCUAUAGGCUGUAAACCAAGUCGUACGUGGAGAAGAACAUGAUAUUGUGCUGUCGGUGUUUGUGUAAAUUCAAGCCCAUCUACUUAUACGGUAUAGACGCUCGUUUCUUUUAUCGGAGCUAAAAAGCACGCCAGGAAAAGCUUUAAUGUCCGUCUAUUGGCUGUGGUGCAACUAUACUGAAGCCUCAUGCGCAUUGUCCUGAAGUGAACUUUGAACUGUGAUCACAUCGUCGUCACACUUGUAGCAAAUAGAUUUCGCAGAGAACAAAAAAAAAAGAAAAGAGAAUAUUCCGAAAUUGGAUUCCUAUUUGAUCAUAGCAGCAACAUGGAAUCAAGAUGGCAAGCUAGCACCAAUCUGAGAGAACAUGCUUAAUUUUCCUGCCUUUUAUGACCCCCGUCCGUCUUCACACAGCGUUAACAUUCCAUUUUGGGCGUCUUUUUGUUUACAGAUGUUUUUCUUUUCUUCUGAGGUUCUUAAAUAUAAUCACAAUAUCACACGCUUUACGCUGCAAACCGAAUUGAACAUGACUCCACCGAUGAAUGCAAUAUUUGUCUGAUUUUUUGUUGAUUGUGAGGCUUUUUAUUUUCCCAACGCGUCUCCUUGUCAGGCGUCUGCUCUGUGGUUUCUUUUUCUGUUUGUUUUUGAAGUGCCAUGAAGCGUUGUAGAUGAGCAUCCUUCAGUCAUUCAGGGACACAAGCUCGCUUUCCGUUCAUUUUUCACUGUGACGUUGUUGUCUUGCACCGGUGUGGAGAACAUCCGAAUCAUCUGCGCCUCUAUGCCGGUGCAGUGCCAGGCAGCGCUCAAAGGUCAAGAGGAGGGCCCGGGUCAAGCCCAACUAUUCGCGACAAGUGGCAUUAGGCGUAUUUCGUUGGGAUUAGAGUACAGAUGACUGAACGAUGCACACGUUGUCCACUUAAGCCAUCGUCAUGUGACUGACUGUACAUUGCACUUCAUGAGUUGAUCUAUUUUUGCUGUAAAGGAAUGGUUAGAUGAACUUAUUUGCUGGGAGUUGUACUAGCUCUAAUAUAUCACACAUACAGAGACUGGAGUUGGGUCUCAAGUCUUAAGUAAUGCAUUGAAGUUUGCAUUUUUUUUUUGUUGUUGUCGUCGUUCUUUUCAUCAUUUAAAGAAGGAUUUCAGGCAUCACGUCGUCGUCGUCGCCGUCCACCGCAGCAAAUCGGGAGUUUGACAAAGCAGUCUAUUUGUUUUGGAUGUGGUCUAGACAUGAUGGAUUAUUUUGAUGGUGCUGAGUUGAUCUACCUGACUCUGUCAAAUAUAAUCUGCUGAUAAUUAUACUGUCUUGUACAAAAUGUUUGUACAUAGAUUGUACAUGGUUUCUUUUUGUAUUUUUCUCAAAUUAAAAUGGAUGUAUUUGUGUUCUAAACCGGAAAA